AUGUCGACGGAAGAAGCUGCCUGGACGAGCAGCGCAGCUAUCAGGCCGAAGGAAAAGACGGCCGCUUGCCGGGACUCGACCUCCGGGUGCUGGCGCUGGACUGUCUUCGGCUCUUCAUCCCCGCUGGAGAAAAACUGGGCUCCGGCGGCGGUCGACCCAGCCGGGGCAGGGGCUCGGGGCCCAGUGAAGCAGUCGGAGGCAGUCCGGCUUCUCCCUCCCUUGCAGAACCUGCUCAACCUCUCGCUAAGUGAAGAGCUGGAAGGGCAGGACUCCACCCUGUCCUGCUGCCACUCCGCCUGCUCCUCGGACACGGCGCUUCACAGCAGCGGAGACUCCUCUGCGGUGUGGCCCGUGCGCAGCCACUGGAGCCCCAGCGGGGAGCAGCUGCGACCUCCCUUGCGCCCGGACCGUUCAGUGAGCCUCAUCGAGGGCAAGGCCCACCUGCCGCCCCCGCCGCCGGGCUUCCCCCCGCUCAAGCAGCCCGUGCCGGCCCCAUCAUCUCGCUACAAGACGGAGCUGUGCCGCACCUUCAGCGAAAGCGGCAAAUGCAAGUACGGGGUCAAGUGCCAGUUCGCCCACGGCUCUGCUGAGCUGCGCACGGUCAGCCGCCACCCCAAGUACAAGACGGAGCUGUGCCACAAGUUCUACAUCCACGGCGAGUGUCCUUACGGCUCGCGGUGCCACUUCAUCCACUACCCGGAGGAGGCCCAGUUUCACAGCACCGCCACCACCCCCGGUGCUUCGCCACAGCUCUUGCGCCAGAGCGUCAGCUUCUCUGGGGUGCCCACCGCCCGCCGCACUUCCCCGCUGCCCAGCCUCCCGGAUCCCGCCUCCUUUGCUCGAGCCCCCUCGGUGUCGCCGCCUCCUGCCUCCGCCGAGCUCUUCUCGCCAGCCUUCGAGCACCUGAACGUGGACCCCCUCUCCCUCAUGUCCUCCCUGGGGGACUCGCUUCCGGCGGCCCCCGGCAGUGGCUGCUGCUCGUGCCGCUGCGGGAAAUCGGCCGGCUUGGCCAGCUCGCUCCAGGGCCACCGAGACUUCUUCUCCCCGGCCCCUGGGGGCCACCCCGGCCUCGGCCCUCCUGACACCCUCCUCCUCCAACUCCCUCUCGGACCCCGAGUGCUACAGCAGCUCCAGCAGCCUGAGCGGAUCCGACUCUCCCGUCUUCGAUCUGCAUCCCCCCGGCGGGCCGGCGGGGAACCCCCACAGGCUGCCCAUCUUCAACCGGCUUUCUGUCUCGGAAUGAGGGAGGUGGGCCGGCCCGAUGGGACACUUCAAGCUUGCUGUUGAUUGCAAGGGAGGGUUGUGCGUCUGUAUGAUACUCCUUUUGUGGGGAGGACCCAAAACCCACCGGACUGACGCUUUUCAGAGCAGUUGCUUCUCCUGAUCUUCAAGUCACCCUGGGAGAGCUUUUCCCUCCUCCCGCCAGCCGGCCUCCCUGCCUUCAAGGGGCCUGGGAAAUGCCUUUCCAGAAAGCAAAUGGGGCUCGGCUUACUGUGGUUUACCUUUCACAGACUAGUGCCUUAAGCAGGGGUUUGCAAUGGGUCAGCAUGUAGCCAAACCGAGCAGUUUUGCUGAGUGGGGGGCCAAGUCCCUGCUCCCCCUCUCCCUCCCCAGGGGUGACUCUCCAUCCUUAUCAUGGCAGGGGCACGGGGAUAGGUGGGUCUUCAACUAUCAUGGAAAUCCCUCUGUUCCUCUCAGGGAGCCAGGAGGCCAAGGUGGGGCGGGGGCGGGGGGGGUCAGUGUCCUUUUCUCUCUGGCUUUGCACAAUACACCUGCCUGAGCUGAGAUUGGCAGUGGGUGGCUCAGCCUCGCCCCCUCCCUCGGUUUCCCUCAGGACGGUUCCCUUUGCCCCUCCCCUUGAGAAAUUCAGCUGUAGGGAGGUUAUGCCCCCCCCUCCCCCUCCCUUUUUUCAGUCUAGAAUCAUCCCCACCUGGAGAAGUCUUGAGCUGUGCAAGGGGAAAGGAUCUUUCCCCCUCAACACCUGAGCAUUAUGCCAAGGGUUGACUGUCCCAGGAAGAAAAAGGGACCGUUUACUUGUAUGUAGCACAUUUUUUUUUCUUUUUUCCUCCUGUGGUAAGGAGGAAAAGAUCACAUACCAUGGAAACCAGGUCGAACCAGGGAAAUGAGCCAAGAGUUACAUUACAUCUUGGUGGUGGUUAAUGUACCUUGGUGGUUUUUUUUUUUUUUAAUGCUUUUAAAAUACCAUGUUUUAUACUGUGAAUAUCCUCUGUUUAGUCCUCCAGCAACAAUAGGUUGAGAAUUAAGGGGAGGUGCUGAGUUUUCCCCCCCAUUUCAUGGCCUCCUGAGGUUUUGAAACAUUGGCAGGACAAUCACUUUUUUCCCCCGGGGAGUGCUCUGACACCGAGAAGUGUGAAUCCCUGUUGGUGCAAGGGGGGGCUGUUUCCUCUCCACCUCCUCCCGUAUUCCUAUGCCAGCUGCGCAGGUGUGAAGCUCUCCCGUGCUGGAGAAUUUGGACCCAGUUGACCUGUGCCUCCAACCCACGUUCUUGCUCCAGUGGGGGGCAAGAUUCCUGGUAAGCUCAAUCUUGGAUUGCCCACACGAGAAAACCGUUUAAGAUCACGGCUACCCCGUUCCAUGGGAACUUGGGAUCUGCACCUAGCUAGGUGUCCGGUCAUGAAGUCUCAUAUUCCAAAUUUAGAAAUUCCAGAAUUUGAACUCUCUUCCUAGGUCAUCCAAGGAAAUAUUUAGCCCACUCUCCAGUUCCAUACAACUAAGACUCUGGAAAUCCUGCUCCUUCGUCCCCCUGUUCCUCGUAAGGGGGGGGUUGGAACUGGCCCCAAGAUCGCCAAAUGUUCUCUCUCUGCCGGUGUCAGAAAUGAAAAUGGCAGGGCUGUUUCUCCCUGGGGAAGAAGCCCAGGAGCCAAAGUGCCGAAAUGGCGCCCGCUGCUUUCGCUUUGGUCAGAUUGGACAUUUUGCACUGAUGGGGAGCAUUGGGGAGGGAGAGGAUGCCUUUCGUUUCUAAACCAACGUUGAUGCUAGUCACACCUGCGUGGCAUUUCCGUGGUGGGUGUUGUUUUUUAAAUCCUCAAUGUUUACCUUGUAAUAAGGCAAUAACCAAAACCAAACUAUUUAUAGAGUCUAUUUAUUCAAAAAAAAUUUUAUAUUGUAUUUAUCUUUUUUGUAAUAUUCCAGAAUAAUAUAUAUAAUAUCUAUAUAUUUUUGUGUGUGAACUAUGAAGCAAAUGAGAUUGUGCUAAGAUUUAAAAUGGUUCAAAACAUUAGCUUUUUUUCUUUGCUAGAAAAAGAGACUUUGCUAUUUCUUUUCUGAAUCUCCAAAAGAUAAUGGUGCAACCAAUACUCAGUUAAUAAUAAAUAUGAGGAUCGGAAGGUCCCGUUUACCCUUGUA